AUGAAGUUCAGUGGUAUCGAUGACAGCUCGAAUAUUGAGCAACUUCAAAUGCGUCGAGUUGCAUUUUUUGCUAUUGUUAUUUCUACCGCUGCAGUUAUUGCAUCUAUAGUAACCCUUCCAAUGCUAUACAGUUUUGUUCAAUCAUUUCAAUCACAUCUUAUUGCUGAAGUUGACUUCUGCAAGUCCCGAUCUCGAGAUAUGUGGGAAGAAAUGAGUUUAAUAGACAGUGGAUAUCGUGUGAAACGAGAAGCAGGUACUUGGCUUUUUGGUCAAUUUAUACCAAAUUCAUCCGGUGCUUCUGCGUAUAACUUGGGAAACACUGGAUAUAGUAACAAUGAUGGUGCAGCAUCAUACAGUAACGGAGGAGGGGAUGCACCAUAUGGUGGAACUAAUAGCGAACCUUAUGGAGGUUCUAAUACUGGUAAUUCUUAUGGUGGUGGUAUUUUAUAUAAUACCGAUACAAUGGGUGAUACCGAUAAACCAGAAGUAUCACCGAAUUAUGGCCCUGGACCUGAAAUUAAUGCAGAACCAAAUGCUGGUAGCUUUUGUUGCUCAUGCCAACAAGGCCCUGUUGGACCACCAGGACCACCAGGAGAUCCUGGUCCAAAUGGAAGUGAUGGAGAACCGGGCAGAGAUGGUGAAAAAGGAAAAGAUGGACAAAUAUUGCAAUCAGCAAUUGAAUUAGAAGAACCAUGCAUAAUUUGUCCAGUCGGUCAGCCUGGCCCACCAGGCCAGUCUGGUCCAAAAGGACCACAAGGACCAAAAGGAGUGGAAGGUACGAAAGGUGAAGAUGGCAAGAAAGGAGAACCUGGAAUGAUUGGUGCGGUUGGGCCAGUUGGGCCACCCGGAAAAGCAGGACCUGCAGGACCAGCUGGUCAGCCUGGACGACUUAUUCCAAUUAAUGGACCUGUAGGACCCACUGGACCACCUGGUAAACCUGGACCUCCUGGUCCAAAAGGACCACCAGGUCCAAAUGGAGUGACUGAAGAUGGACCGCAAGGACCACCAGGAGAUCCAGGAGUUCCAGGACCUCGAGGACCAGUAGGAUUGAUUGGACAGCCAGGAUUACCUGGAGAACGAGGAGAAAGUGGAUCAUGCGAACACUGCCCUGAACCACGUACACCACCAGGCUAUUAA